ACCGUGGAGCGGGGCAGGAGAGCGUCUUCUGGAGGUUGCACAGGGUUUCAACUCCCGCCUGUUAACGACAGGAGCUUCAGUCUAGUUGGGAGCUUCUGUUUUGCCUGAGAAAAACUUUGUAUUUUUUCUUAAUUUAACACAGUGUGACUAUUUACUUCUCAGUUCCGUCUACAGAUACGCUCUGGAGCCUUUUGGUUUCCCCCUGCUGCGCUUGUUUGCGCUGAGGUUACGCCGGGGAGCAGUGCACGUCAGCGGACUCACUCGGGAGGAGAUUACGGAGCCGAGCGUGUGAGUGGACCGAAGGUUAUAAAUCACAAAGGGACCAGUGCACGUCAAACCUGCCCUGACUGCAGCAUCAAUAACACCUAUUACCCCCGUCCAGCAGCAGCAUGCAGUGAGAGCAGCCCUUUCAGAUGCUUUCCCACUCCACACAGUGAGGAAAAGGGGGUGGCGGGGGGGUCGGAGGGGAGGAGGAUUUAUGGGAGAUUUGUUGGAUUUUCAUCGCCCCGUCGCUGCAAACUUGUGUCCGGCAUGGGGAAGGAACAGGAGCUGCUGGAAGCUGCCCGGACCGGGAACGUGGCCGUGGUGGAGAAAUUGUUAAGUGGAAAGAAGGGGAUCCUGGGGUCAGGUUCCGGCUCCAUCCCUCUGCCCAACCUCCUGAGCAUGUGGAAAGGCCUGAAUGUCAACUGCACAGACAGCUCAGGAUACACACCUUUACAUCAUGCGUCUCUCAACGGACACAGGGAUGUGGUUCUGAAGCUGCUCCAGUUUGAGGCGUCCACAAAUGUAGCUGACAGCAAAGGAUGCUUCCCGCUGCACUUGGCCGCCUGGAAGGGAGACGUGGACAUUGUCCGCAUCCUCAUCCACCACGGACCCUCGCACUGCCGAGUCAACCAACAGAACCAUGAGAGGGAAACGGCGCUUCACUGUGCAGCCCAGUACGGACACUCUGAGGUGGUUUCAGUACUGCUUCAGGAGCUGACUGACCCCACCAUGAGAAACAGCCAACAGGAGACGCCUCUGGACCUAGCAGCACUGUAUGGACGCCUACAGGUGGUGUGCAUGUUGGUGAGCGCUCAUCCCAACCUCAUGACCAGCCACACCCGCCGACACACUCCGCUUCACCUGGCCGCACGCAACGGACACCACAGCACGGUCCAGACGCUGCUCGAGGCCGGCAUGGACGUCAACUGUGUGACGGAGAACGGCAGCGCCCUCCAUGAGGCAGCUCUCUUUGGGAAGAUGGACGUAGUUCGCCUUCUUCUCGACUCAGAGAUCGACACCAAUCUGAGGGACUGCCAGGGGAGAACAGCUCUGGACAUCCUGAGAGAACAUCCUGCACAGAAAUCCCAGCAGAUCACUGCCGUUAUCCAAGAGUAUAUGAUGGACGAGAUGGAGAGGACGAGUAUCAUGGAGGAGCCCAUCCGCAAGUGUCCCGUCCCUGCACCUCGAACCUCUGUCCCCUCGCCCUCUGCCUCCCCCUCCCUCAGACAUAAGAAUGACGCUGUGACAAGUGAGCUGUCCAAACUGCUCCACGAGAUCAAAAAGUGCCGUGACAGGGACUACUCCUUCGAGGAGCUCUGCCACACCAUCUCCUCUCACUCCAUGGACAGCUUCGGCAGCGGGCGGCUCUCUGACGAGGAGCGGCCAGAUCGACCAAACGGAACCCUGACCCGAGUCAGCAAGAGACCGACCCCGCCUCUCGCCCCGGCCCUGGAGGAGGACGAGGCAGACAAAAGUUGUGGCCCCACGGGAUUCUGGGAGGCCCUGACACCCUGCAACGGCUGCCGCAACCUGGGCUUCUCCAGCCUAUCACAGAAUUCAAAGCACUCCGCAGAGAUCGUCACCUCCCCGUCUCUGGAUGUCUUCCUGCCAGAGGACGAGGAAAACCCGUACGAGUCGGUGACCACCGCCGUCACGCGCAAACCCUGCUCACUCGAUAUCAACCACCGGCUCAACGCCUGCCCUCGCAACGGUCACGUGUCCAAUGUAGCGGCGAGUGAGGGGGAGCACAGUAACCAUGGCAACUGCUCGACAGGCCCGACUCCAGACUGCUCACCUCCCUCCCCUGACACGGCCCUGAAGAACAUCGAGAGAGUCAUCCGCCCACAGCCCAAGCAGCGCACCUCUCUGUCCUCGUCCCUGGACGUCCAGCGGCCGGUCAACCACAGCUGCGAGCCCAGCGAGGUGAGCUCGUCCCUGGGCUACGCCAGCUUCAGCACCAGCCCCCCUGCCAGCCCCCCGCUCAGCCCCAACCAGGAGGACUCUGCGGGCUCCAACGACGACUGUCAGCUCACAGACGACGGGCCGUACCAGCGGGACCAGCCCCCUCCUCCCCCUCCUCCUCUCUGCUCUUCCUCCACAGCCAACGCUCUGCUGGAGGAUCGAAGGAAAAGCCACAUCCCAGAGGAGUUUGCCGGACUCCUUCAUGGAUCGUCCCCUGCCUGUGAAACCCCUGAAACGCCUUAUCAUCUGUACAACCCAAAACCUCGCAAAUAUGCCCCCACGGACGUCCGGAGCAGCCUGCUGCAGAGCCCCGAGUUCAGCGUCGUGAUCGGGGGAGGCCCCACCGCCCAGGUCACUUCCAGGACAGAGAGCGAGUCCUCGCCUCAGAGUAGUGCUCACGACCCGCAGAAGCCACAGGUGGUGUACAGAACUGUCUUUCACACAACGGUCAACCAGGACCAGUCCAAAACCAACAAGCAGCUGGACCAACCUCGAGGCUGGUCUACGCUGGACCGCCCCCCUUCUUCAUACUCCGAUCAAAACGGGGAAGCUCCAGAGUCACGGGGCAUCCGCGCAGGAGGUGUGCCCAAAGGCGGCGCGUCAGGAGCUGGCUACGAAGAGAGGGCCUGCACCCUGGGGAGGAUGAGGUCCAUGCCCCGCAGCGUGUUAGACCUGCAGCUCACCAAGUCUUUGUCCAAGUCUGAUUCCAACCUGGUAGCUGUGUCUCCCAUACAGGAGGAGCACAGCUGGGGGUCUGGAUCCCGUGGCCAGGGGCCUGGGAGUCCUAGCCCAGGAGAGGGGGCUAGUCCUGGGGCGAGACUGGAAAGAACACCCUCCUUCACUGCAGAGUGGGAAGAGAUCGACAAGAUCAUGAGCUCCAUCGGGGCGGGGAUAGGCAGCGGAUUGGACAUCAAGGGCAACGCCUCAGGUCCCCGCUGCCCUCUGCAGUCCGUGGGCCAGUGGCUCGACUCCAUCGGCCUGGUCCAGUACGAGAACCACCUGCUGGCCAACGGAUUUGACAACGUCCAGUUUAUGGGCAGCAAUGUGGUGGAGGACCAGGACCUGCUGGAGAUCGGCAUUCUUAACUCGGCCCACAGACAGCGCCUCCUGCAGGCCAUACGGCUGCUGCCUAGGGUGCGACCUGUCGGCUAUGAUGGAAACAACCCCACGUCGGUGGCCGAGUGGCUGGAGUCGUUGGAGCUCGGCGACUACACAAAGUCUUUCCUUAUCAACGGCUACACGUCCAUGGAGCUGGUCAAGAAGAUCUGGGAGAUCGAGCUCAUCAAUGUGCUGAAGAUCAGUCUCAUCGGACACAGAAAACGGAUCCUCGCCUCAUUGGGGGACCGGCUACACGAAGACACCCCACAGAAACCUCCUCGGGCCAUCUCCCUACGGGAGCCCGUAGGGAACCACACUCCUCCCCAGCUCAGCCCUUCAGUGGGCCAGGCGGCGUACACGGCGGGGGUCCCGGGCGGAUCUCUGGACGUGCAGCACCUCAUCAUGCAGGCGGACGCCCGGCGCAGGCAGCGCAGCAAUGACAACUACUUUGACGACGUGCCGCGAUCCAAGCUGGAGCGACAGAUGGCCCAAGUCAGCAUGGCAGGCGAGUGGUGCGAGCCCAUCACGUUGCGUCCACCCAACGAGGCCACCUCGUCCACCCCGGUGCAGUACUGGCAGCAUCACCCGGAGAAGCUUAUCUUUCAGUCCUGUGACUACGAGGCCUACUACCUGGGCUCCAUGCUUGUGAAGGAGCUGAGAGGAACAGAGUCCACACAAGACGCCUGUGCCAAAAUGAGGAAGUCGACAGAACAGAUGAAGAAAGUGCCGACCAUCGUGCUCUCCGUGUCCUACAAGGGAGUGAAGUUCAUAGACGCCACGAAUAAGAACAUAAUAGCAGAACAUGAGAUCCGUAACAUCUCGUGUGCGGCUCAGGAUCCAGAGGAUCUGUCUACGUUUGCCUACAUCACCAAAGACCUCAAGUCCAGUCACCACUACUGCCACGUCUUCACUGCUUUUGAUGUGAACCUGGCGUAUGAGAUCAUCCUGACGCUGGGCCAGGCCUUCGAGGUCGCUUACCAGCUGGCCCUGCAGGCCAGGAAGAGCGGUCACGGAUCGUCCACACUGCCGGAGAGCUUUGACAGCAAGCCCAGCAAACCCGUCCCCAAACCUCGAGUCAACAUCCGCAAAUCUAUGGAGCAGCCGUCCAUGGACCAAAAGGGCCAUGCCAACGUGCCAUGGAUUGUGGAGCCGGGUCAGGAGGCCAAGAGAGGAGUCAACACCAAGGCAAUGCCGGACGCUCAUGUCUAUUACUGUGGAAUGCAAAGAAUGUAGCCAGCCCUAAACACGGACCUUGUCACACAUACAAUGCAAAAUGGACUACAAAGGACGCUCUUGCUCACUUUGCAAAGGACUACAAACAUGGACGCCAUUCCACAGUGUUUAAGGUUGACUACAGAAUUAUAACAUUCAUCCACAUGAUGCUUGACACAGUUAAUCACACACACACACACACACACACACACACACACUAACAGGACUGCUUAUUGACCGACGACAGUCCGGGCUGAAUGUACACUUGUUUGAAAGCAGCCUCAACUUUCUUCAACUACAACAGGAUCCGUUCAAUGUGCCCGACUGGGAGGCGUGACCUGUGAACAUUUGGGUGGGCACAGGGUCUCUCUAGAGACUGAGUUCGGUAUCAGGGCGACUAUUGGGCUCGCAAAGGCACCACUGGGCAUGUGUCAGUGUUGGAAUGGGCAUGGGCUUGAGGACUUCUGGCCGGCUCCUUUGAGCUUUUUUUUUUUUUUUUUUUUUUCAUUUUCUUUAAAGUCAGAAAAUAAUCCAGAGAUAUAUGCACAAGCGUUUUAAUGUGAUUGGACAGCCUGCAACACCCUCGAGAUGCCACAGGCGUGUUUAUCAGGACGGAUGAUGAACCUAUGUGAACAAAACUGCAUCUGGCGUUUAAAAAAAGUAUUCUAUUGGUAUUGCCCGACAUUUUAAUGUUUAAUAUGAGAGUAUUAUAUUACCAUGAUGAUUAUGAUUAUUCUUGUGCAAUUCUUGUCUACUGUUGUCUUAAUGUUACAUUAUUUUUCUAUGAUAUGAUGAGAUAAAAAACCUUGGGCUUGAGAAUGAUGGCCAUCCUUUAAAAAAAAAAAAAAAUCUAAACCUAGAUGAUCAUAUACACGGAGAGAAUGUUGAAGGUGGCUCGCUAACUCUCGUCAGGUCAAACCCUCCAUCAUUUCUCAUGGGGCUCUACUCUUAUCUAGCAGAUGUACUAUUUUAAACGCAGUAUUACUGUAUUAUUUGGAUGAGACAUUAUCCAAUUAUAAAUGUACAUAGAUAUUUUGCCAACUCAUUGUUCAUAGAUGUAAUGUAAAAGAGAAAAGAAUAAAAGGACUUGCAGUACAUGGCACUGGAAACAAGGUACCAAAAUAAAGGUUGGAGGUAAAAGAAGUGGUAGGUUGUAGAGAUUGUAUUUUGGGUGAAGACUGAAACGGAUUAUUUAGUGACAUCACUGCUGACCAACUUAUGUACAUAGGCUUGGGCUUCCAGCACACUGAUUUUUGUAAUUUUGGCCAUUAUUUAUAUCCUUGUAAAGCACAUGGAAUAAACUAUGACUUGUAAAACCAUUA